AUGAACUCAUCCGGACUUCAAUUCACAAGUAUGACGGAGCUUCUUGCCACAUGCUCACUUACAGAGCAGCAAACACGACAAUUUGAGCAAAAAUCGCUUGAUGUGUAG